AUGGAAGUGGUCGUGUGUGUGUGUGGUGCGGUGCGGUGCUGUGUAUGCAUGUUGCGGCGGUGCAAAAAGCCAACCUGGCCCCUGUCUGGUCGUGCAGGCAAACUGCGUGAGAGCGGAGGCUGCAGAGUCGUGUCUUGUCAGUCCGGCCGGGGGUUGCUCGCUGCCCGGCUCCCGUUAUUUUGGUAUUCAGCCAUUGGUUAUGUCUGUGGGUUGCUAUUACUGGCUUUUGUGACUUUCAAAAGUACAAUUCUUCUCGAGGGGGGGCGGGAGACUUCUCCGGAGGGAUCUUGGGGUGGUAGGCGGCCCCAGAAGGAGGGUGGCAUCGCAUCUGUUCAUCGCCGGCCUUUCCAGCGUGAGAUAUGUGAUUGUUGCGAACAAAUGAAUCCAUAUUGCUUUGCUGUUAUGUUUGGAACACCUUGUCGCCCUCUUCAAUCUCGUCUUCCAUGUUUCCCUCCCCAGUCCCAUCGAGCAUCGUGCAGUCAGCCUUAUGAAGUGAUUGACAGCGAAGCCAUCGAGACAAUAUGGAACAUCGUGGCCGGUACAGAGCGCGGGAUUCAGCAGGAUUCGCUCCAUCUUACUAUUGGCGCUGGUCGUCGUACUGAACGACAAACCAUCGGUCAGCUGCAUUCUAGAGCGAGAUGCAACUCGAUAGAAGUACUCGCCGUACGACGACGCGGGCGGCGACGUGCAGAGAGGAGCAACCAGUUGGAUGUAAUCCGGCCCGUAACCCUGGCACCUACUUGCCAGCCACGACCGAGGGUUUUGCGAAAGCUCGAAAGUAACGAAAGCAGGAGAAAUAGCAAGCUGUUCAACGUCCUGACAAGGAAAACGACGGCUGGUGCCCAGAGAGCACAACAUAUUGCCAGCGGAAAACGUCGAAACGGUAACAGCUCGCUCCCAGGAAAGCCAUGGAACCGGGCCGUGCCCUGCUCGCCUGGGGUAGCUAGGAUUGACCGGCCAUGCCGCAAUCUCGAGAAUGAAAAGUCGGUGGUUGCCAGCGAACUGCUGACCGAUGACGAUCUUCCGGAUGGAUGCCUUCAAGUGCCGAGUCUCACCUCACUCUCACCGACCGGCGACCGGUAA